UUCUCAUCAGUACUAGAAAGGGAUCAUUGUACUCCUCCGCCCCAACGUUUAGAAAAAGUAGUCCUUUCCAGUAUUAAAUACGUUCUCUUUUUUUAUUUCGGCCUUUUUUUGAUAAAAUUAAAGUCCGCGGGUCUACCGGUGAUUGUAAUGUCGCGGGACGGGCUCGAGCCGAGUGCUUCAACCCGAUCCGAAUUCCGUCAAAGCUGCAGACAGAACUCGAGUUCUCACUGCCAUGAUUGAUUUUAAGCGUCUUUCAGAGUUAGAUAAUUUUUUAGCCAACUCCUUCCUCCAAAAUUUUAUUUACUUUCGCCACUCGAUUUAUGGAAGAUAAACGCCCCAGGAAGACGGUGGAAACAGACCAACGCUUUCAGGAUGGUAGUAGAUUCAGGUCAGGUACACAAAGCACUCACUGCCGGGAUGAGCCCUAGAGAGCUCUCCGAAAAUGAUGACAUUGCUACUUCAGUUGUCCUGGACCCUUAUCUGGGCUUCGUUACACACAAAAUGAACAUCAGGUUCCGCCCUAUCAAAACCAACAGGGAUGAAAUCAAGAACAUUAUCGAAGAGUUCAAAAAGCACCAAAAUUAUUCUGCUACGUAUAAGAAACUUGUCAACGGAGACUGGAUGCCAAGAACAAGUCAUAUCAGAAGUAAAUUACAGCAGCAACGCCUAGAACAACAUAUUUACCGUUAUUUGAGGGUCUUUGAUAAGGAUUCAGGUUUCAUAAUUGAACCAUGUUAUCGAUAUUCCAUGGAGGGACAGAAAGGUGCAAAAAUAUCUGCAACAAAGAAAUGGUUAAAAAAUGAAAAGAUUUCAUGCCUAGUCGGUUGCAUAGCAGAACUGACUGAGGAAGAAGAAGCCCAGCUGCUUAGACCCGGGAAAAAUGAUUUUAGCGUCAUGUUUAGUUGUAGAAAAAACUGUGCCCAAUUAUGGCUAGGCCCUGCAGCGUUUAUCAACCAUGACUGCAGGGCUAAUUGCAAAUUUGUUGCCACGGGGAGGGACACAGCUUGUGUUAAAGUACUGAGGGAUAUCGAAAUUGGAGAGGAAAUCACAUGUUUCUACGGGGAAGAUUUUUUUGGGGAUGGAAAUGACUAUUGUGAAUGUGAAACAUGUGAAAGGAGAGGAACAGGCGCUUUUGCUAAAGGCAAGCCAAAUAGCGAAGAUCUCACAAACUCGGGGUACCGACUGAGGGAAACUGACAACAGAAUCAACAGAACAAAAAUUCACAAACAGAAUGGUAUUCCACCGCCUAAACAGGAAAGCUCUCCUGAUGUUCCAGAACAGAUCGAACCUGUAAAAACACAAGGGAUUGUGACCCCCUUGAGUAUCAGGGAACUCAGGCAAAAAGGAAUGACUAAGUACGAUGCGGAAAUGCUAAUUGCUCAGGGUUGCCAGUUUACCGACAUUAGCGAAACGAGCAAAAAAUUGACAGAGAGCAAGAUCAGUUCAGCUUUGAGAGGGAGAUCGGAAAGUGUUUCUAAGGAAGCUGAAGUUGUAAUGGUGCGGCAUAGUAGAAACUUAAGGAAUAAGACCAAAUUAUUGGCUGAGGAGGUUAAGAAGAAGGAGAAUGAAGAUUCAACACCAUUUGAACUUACUGUAACUCCUACAGCUGAAAGUACAGUCCCGGCUAGCAAUGUGCCAUCUCCAGAAUUGGGCGUUGCACCAUCAACAAGGAUGUCUUUAAGAAAUAAGCGUUUGAGUGAACCCUAUUUUGAUGAAUCGUCAAAUGUAAGUGAUAAAACCAGCAGUUGUACUAAUUUGAAUGAAUUGAUCCCUAAUUUAAGAUUUGAACAUCUUGAGAAACGGGAUGACUCGAGUGAGGAUUCAAAAAAAGAAAAUUUUAAACAGUUAGCAUCUUAUAUAAAAUAUAAACAGAGUGAAGGUGAAUCUGUAAAUAACGUUAAACAUAAAAGUAACUCAUAUAUUCGGACAAAUUUAAAUGGGAAAGUGCACAAAGCGAAUAUUAGAAGGAGAAAAAGUAAUGAUAAGACAAGUUUGAUUUAUACCGAGCAAUGUGGUGAGAAAGACAUUUACGAAUUUAGCGAUGAAAGUGAAACCCCGACAUUACUUAGGAAAUCUAGAAUAUCGCAUAGGAGGACUAGUGAAGGUUCAAGUUGCCAGGUGGAAGACCACAAGCCAGAAUCUGAACAGGUGACUCCAGAAAAAAGUAGAGGCUUAAAGCUGACUCUUCGUAUGAAAAGGAGCCCUGUUCUUGAUGAGAUAAUUGAGUCGGGUACGAGCUGGAGUGAAGAUUCGUACGAACCCCAGUAUGAGAUUUUGCGCUUCACUGGGGUCGAUGAUGAAAUCAGAAACACACAUAGAAAGAAAAAACACAAAAUGAAAGAUAAAGAACAUAGAAGAAAAAAAUUUAAGGAAGAUAGAUAUCAACCAAUUCAUCAUACGCCUCUUAAGAGACUACGGUUAAUAGUAGGUAACGAAACUAGGACUAUUAAUUUACCUGCUACCGCUCAACAGGUAAUUUAGUAUUCUCUGGUAAGAGAGUAGUAGCGACAACAAUUCGUAAUUUAAUUUUUUUUAUCAACUUUCAACUGUUAUGUGAUACUUAUAUAAUUAGAUUAUCAUAUCCCUCUAGCUCUUGAAACAGUAGGCUCGUGAAGCUCACAAUUUUAUUUAUUAAUUCAAGUUUCACAUCAGUGAUGAUUUUGUAUAAAAUUUAAUAAAUAUUUUAUGGGACAAUUUAAGGGGAAUUCAAUAAAAAAUGUAUGACUGCAAAUCACGAGUGAAACUAAAUGAGAGCCAAUUUUAUAUCGGUUGUUUAGUUGUUUUGGGACACCUGAAGCAGUUGGUUCUAGUCAAUUCUAACCCAAAUCAACUAUGCAAUGUGUAUCACAAAACUGUUUUCCGUAUUUUUUUUAGCAUCACGUGUCACUUUAUUGUAGGAGGCUAAAUCCAUCUUCUGAAGUAUGCAUACUAGCUCUCAAAUAUUUAUUUUAUUAUUUUAAUUUAACAAGGAAACACAAUAUGUUACAAAAAAAUUCAUAAAUGUCAAGGGUAAAGGGGGAAAAUCCAGCCUUAUGAUUCUGUAGAAAUAAAAUAUAAAUUUUAAAUUUUUGUUUAAAAAUUGUUUUUCAGCCUAACAAUGCCUUAGAUUUAGGCUGCUCGAAUGGCUUUUAUUAUUUUUUUUAUUGAUAUUUUAGUUUACAUAGCAGAUUAAAUUUAAUACAACUUAUUGUAUUUUUCUUUUUUUGUUAAUUAGGAAAUAUAGGGUCCUUCUACUGUUGCAAGGUCUGUACAGUCACCGUUUACAUAUUUUUCAUAGUUUAACUGGUUACAACAAACAAAUUUGAUUUCAGAAUUUAAGUUUUAUGAACUCUAUAUCCAAUCAAUCCUAAAGUUGAAUCAAGCAUUUUCAUCAGUGAAGAAAGUCAGAAGUUGGUACAUUUAAAUCUUCAACUAUCAUCAUUGUGUUAGGUUUCAAUAAUACAUCACAAGUUUGAGGCUUUUUUUAAAAUAAUUUCAAGAUACUAGUCGUUGUUUUUGGAGCAUUAUAGUCGAAAGUGAUAUUUUAUUCAUAAAUAAUAAAUAAACAUUUCUCCAUUUGUUGAGUGUAUUUGAUGACCUCAUUGAAAUUUCAAUUGAGAGACCAGUGCAGACAUGAAUUAAAACAUUGAAGUUUGAACAUAUUUAACACAAUUCAUAUCAACACACAUACACACAAACACAAAUCAGAAUUGGUAGAAUUAUUACUGAAAAUUAAAAUAAAAGAAGUAAAGAAAAAGAAUUUGGAUGAUGUUUGCUUUUCCCACGUGCGGAUUUUGCCCUUUUCUCUUAAUCGGAACUCAACCUCAUCCCUUUCUAAUUUAUCGACCGCUCGCCUGAUAAGGCACCGGACUUGUUAAAAGCUCAGUUGAAGCUUUUGAAUUUAAGAAUUUCGACAAGUUUCCGACGGUCAAAAUGAUCCGGUUAAGGCCGACGAACAGAGCACACGCCGAACAAGAAAAGCGAAUGGCGAGAAAUUCCGUUAUAUGCAAUAUUAUAGUCUUUGCAGCCACUGUGGCGUUGAUAAGAGCAACACCAAGGUUUGUCACCUCUUUCAACACCUACUACUGCUAGUCACGUCGAAGAAGGGGUUGAUGAGCGUUUAGCGGAGAGUCGAGUCUUGCGUAUCCUUCCACAGACAACUGGAAAAAAGUUGUGCUCCUCAGAAAACAUGUACAUUUUGUUGAUAUUGAUUUACCAUAUUAUAUUGCACAAUAAAUAAAGUAUAUACAACAUUU